CAGAAAUGUUUACUUUCCCGCCAAGAGUUACAGAGGCUGCGGUAUAGUAGCGUAAUCACGUGAUUUGGUAUGGUGACAUGUGACAAUCAGGGGAAUUAAAAUAUGGCGGCUGCUGGAAUCGGUAUAUGUGUGUGAGGAUGAUCAGAGGGUUGCUACAACAAAUGACUUCCCCGUACGAGUGACAGUGUUUUUAUGGCAGACCCUGUCUAGGCCUCAACAUGGGCAAGAAACAGAGCAAGUUAGACGGUACAGAGCUAAAGGACCUGCUGGAUUCUACCUAUUUUGACAGACGGGAGAUCCAGCAGUGGUAUCGAGACUUCAUGCGAGACUGUCCAAGUGGCAUACUCAGGAAAGAAGAAUUUCAAACAAUUUACCAGCAAUUCUUCCCCAAUGGUGACCCUAGUAAAUUUGCCAGUUUUGUCUUCAAUGUAUUUGAUGCUAACAAGGAUGGCUACAUAUCCUUCAAAGAGUUUAUCUGUGCUCUGUCCAUCACCUCCCGAGGAUCUCUUGAUGAGAAGCUUGACUGGGCUUUCAGUCUGUAUGACCUUGACAAUGAUGGCUACAUUACUAAGGAGGAGAUGGUCAACAUAGUGGAUGCAAUUUACAGUAUGGUGGGUAACCUUCUUGACCUUCCCAAGGAUGAGGACACACCUCAGAAACGGGUGGAGAAAAUCUUCUCUCAGAUGGACACGAAUCAUGAUGGUCGCCUCACCAAGGAUGAGUUCAGGGAAGGAUCAAAGUGUGACCCCUGGAUAGUGGAGGCUUUAUCCACGCCUCAUCAUUAGGAUGACUGCUGGUCAACUAAACAUUAUACUACUGCCUGCUUGAUACCUGGAGUGUUCAUUGUGUGUGAGAGUGGAUCACUGUCGUCAUAGAGACACAUAUUUCAGGACAGACAAAUCUUAAGACGUUUGCAGAGGAAAAUUACGAAUGAUGAAAAUAAAUCUAUAUUUCUGGAUCAUUUUAGAGGAAUAUAUACAUAUGUAUACAUAUAUAUACAAAAAUGUAUACAAGGUCAAACCAAAUAGUUGUCAGAGAAAUCUACAUUUCUUUUUAAUUUCAACCCAAGGUCAGAAUUUUUGAAAUAUUCUUGAAUGUCUGACAUGACAAUUACAUUAAUGUAUUUCAUGCUGAAGAUUGGACAUUCAAGAAUCUCAUCCAAGGAACAUUUUUUCCUGUUUGCCAUAAAUAACGUUCCAGAACAAUGGUUGAUCGGAUGUGAUGUCAUUGUUAUUUUUUCUCAAGAUGUCAUCUUAUUGUGCUAUCCGUCAUGCCUUAGAAAAUUACACAGAUAUUAUUACAUUUUCCAACAAGACUUCUUCAUAACAAUAAAUGGAGUGUUGUAUGGACAUAGACAAGUUUGAGGAAGGGCUAUCAGUAUAUCAAUAUAUAGACAGUGUUUAAGGAAGUGUUAUCAGUAUAUAGAGAGUGUUUGAGGAUGGGUUAUCAGUAUAUAGACAGCGUUUGAGGAAGGGUUAUCAGUAUAUAGACAGUGUUUGAGGAAGGGUUAUCAGUAUAUAGACAGUGUUUGAGGAAGGGUUAUCAGUAUAUACACAGUGUUUGAGGAAGGGUUAUCAGUAUAUACACAGUGUUUGAGGAAGGGUUCGUUAUCAGUAUAUAGACAAUGUUUGAGGAUGGGUUAUCAGUAUAUAGACAGUGUUUGAGGAAGGGUUAUCAGUAUAUAGACAGUGUUUGAGGAUGGGUUAUCAGUAUAUAGACAGUGUUUGAGGAAGGGUUAUCAGUAUAUAGACAGUGUUUGAGGAAGGGCUAUCAGUAUAUACACCGUGUUUGAGGAAGGGUUAUCAGUAUAUACACAGUGUUUGAGGAAGGGUUAUCAGUAUAUACACAGUGUUUGAGGAAGGCUUCGUUAUCAGUAUAUAGACAAUGUUUGAGGAAGGGUUAUCAGUAUAUAGACAGUGUUUGAGGAAGGGUUAUCAGUAUAUACACAGUGUUUGAGGAAGGGUUAUCAGUAUAUACACAGUGUUUGAGGAAGGGUUAUCAGUAUAUACACAGUGUUUGAGGAAGGGUUAUCAGUAUAUAGACAGUGUUUGAGGAAGGGUUAUCAGUAUAUAGACAAUGUUUGAGAAAGGGUUAUCAGUAUAUAGACAGUUUUUGAGGAAGGGUUAUCAGGAUAUACACAGUGUUUGAGGAAGGGUUAUCAGGAUAUACACUGUUUGAGGAAGGGUUAUCAGUAUAUAGACAGUGUUUGAGGAAGGGUUAUCAGUAUAUAGACAGUGUUUGAGGAAGGGUUAUCAGUAUAUAGACAAUGUUUGAGAAAGGGUUAUCAGUAUAUAGACAGUGUUUGAGGAAGGGUUAUCAGGAUAUAGACAGUGUUUGAGGAAGGGUUAUCAGGAUAUACACAGUGUUUGAGGAAGGGUUAUCAGUAUAUAGACAGUGUUUGAGGAAGGGUUAUCAGUAUAUCAAAUAUAGACAAUGUUUGAGGAAGGGUUAUCAUUAUAUACACAGUGUUUGAGGAAGGGUUAUCAGUAUAUAGACAGUGUUUGAGGAAGGGUUAUCAGUAUAUCAAUAUAUAGACAAUGUUUGAGGAAGGGUUAUCAGUAUAUAGACAGUGUUUGAGGACGGGUUAUCAGUAUAUACACAGUGUUUGAGGAAGGGUUAUCAGUAUAUAGACAAUGUUUGAGGAAGGGUUAUCAGUAUAUAGACAGUGUUUGAGGAAGGGUUAUCAGUAUAUACACAGUGUUUGAGGAUGGGUUAUCAGGAUAUACACUGUUUGAGGAAGGGUUAUCAGUAUAUAGACAGUGUUUGAGGACGGGUUAUCAGUAUAUAGACAGUGUUUGAGGAAGGGUUAUCAGUAUAUAGACAGUGUUUGAGGACGGGUUAUCAGUAUAUACACAGUGUUUGAGGAAGGGUUGUCAGUAUAUACACAGUGUUUGAGGAAGGGUUAUCAGUAUAUAGACAGUGUUUGAGGACGGGUUAUCAGUAUAUACACAGUGUUUGAGGAAGGGUUGUCAGUAUAUAGACAAUGUUUGAGGAAGGGUUAUCAGUAUAUAGACAAUGUUUCUCCUCAAGAUCCUUUGUUGAUUAACAUCACUAUCUCCCAUAGAGUAAAUUUCUUUCAAAAUUUUAAUACCUAAUCUCUGUGAAAGUAAGUAUUGAUUGAAAUCAUUUAACAACAGUAUCAAAUUAUGGUUUGAUUUUAGUGAAAGUCUAGGGUUUUGUUUGGAAAGGAUUUGUUAUGCAGCAUUUCUUCAUUUACUUCAUUUUGUCAAAUAUUUAAAAUGUAUAUCUUGUACAUCAGUGUUUCUUUGUCUAUUUUUGUAAUAAAUUUAAAACAUGAUGUACCCUUAGGGUCAUGUAACAUCCCCUGCUGUGAUGUGAUGUUCCUCUGUGGUGGUGUUAUGUUCCUCUAGGAUAGUGAGACACCUGUCUAGGGUGGUGUUAUGUUCCUCUAGGACAGUGAGACACCUAUCUAUGGUGGUGUUAUGUUCCUCUAGGACAGUGA